ACGCAACUCUCACGUGAUCAUAUCACAACAUCACAACAAAAAUGUCUGCUUGCUUUUCGGUGCGGUAAUUUUUUUUUCUCGUUUCACAAAUAUAGCGUUUGCGUCAAGCUUCUGCAUCUGAUGAAGACGUUGUUAAAAUAAAACCAAGCUUGAAGAAAACUAAUCAGUGAAUAUUUUACCACCUUCAUGAUGGAGCCCACAGCUUCGGGAAUAUUCUGUAACAGGAUGCUCAGUAUGGUGAACUCUGAGGACGUGAACGCCAUCAUUCAAGCUCAGAAACACAUGCUGGACCGGUUUGAGAAGACCAAUGAGAUGCUGAUCAACUUCAACGGACUGUCCAAUGUGCGCUUACAGCAGAUGAAUGAACAUUUUCUGAUGCACACCCGCACUUUAAUAGAGAUGAAGAAAGACUUGGACAGCAUUUUCAGAUGAAUAAGGACUUUAAAAGGCAAGGUUGCGAAACAAUAUCCAGAGGCCUUCUGCAACAUUAAUGAAUGUUCAAACCUGGAGGAUGAUGAUGAAGACUUUGAGCCCGUUCCUCCGAGUGUGGCCACCACCAUCACUACCACUGCGACGUCCGAACAAAGCACAGAGUCAUGUGACACAAGCCCUGAUGUGAUCUCGCCCACCAUCAGCUGCUGUUCUGAAGACCCGUCUCAAGAGCACACCGGCACACCCACCUCUGACAGCCACGAACAGCCAGUGUUACGGGACGAGGGGCCGGAUUCAGCUGACAUUUAGAUUCAUGUAUAUAAUUCUGUAUUUACUACAUACAGAUGCCACUGUAUGUAUCAGUGGGACGAUGCAAGCUUACUAUGCGGAAAUGGUUUAAAUGCUAUUUUAAUUUAGAAAAAUAAUGCAUACUUACUUUUUGCAGAUUAAAAGAAAAGUUUUAAAGAUACACUUAAAAACAGUCAUGUUUACAUUGUGUUGUGGCAAUUUCAUGCUCAAAACCACAUUAUUUAGUAUCAUUUCUAGAUUCAGAAAAGUAUGUCAUCAAAUAAAAGCUUCCGCACAGUGUAAGUCUUUUAAUUAAACUCAUUUGCUUGGA